CCUGCUUCUGCUUCAGACGAGGCGAGAUCCCCAAUCCAUCACCACAUCACACUAGAUCACCCAACCUCCCUCCACAUCCAUCUUGCAGCAUCCGCCAUGGCGCCGCCGCCCAAGCCAGCCGAAUCUUCCACCAACAAGAAGAAGGUCACCCCCGCGGAGGUCGCAUUCCUCGUCGACCGCUACCUGGCCGAAAACGGAUUCAACGCCGCCCUCGCCGCGUUCCGCUCCGAAGCCGCGCACAUCUACAGCCCCACCAAAUACAGCAAGAAGACGCCCAAGAGGCUCAUCCCGCUCGCCGACAUCCUCCACGACUACAUCGCCCUCAAGGAGGCCCGCGUCGCCAUCGAAUCCGCAAUGCAGGCCAUGCAAUCUCUCGUUUCCACCUACUACGCAUCCGGCUCCUCGUCCGCUGCUCCGCCUCAUAUGAACAUGAACAUGAACAUGAUGAUGCCUCCCCUUCCCCCGCCUCACGCCGCCACCGGUGCCCAGCCGUCAUCGCCGCCGCUCUUCUUCUACGCGCCGAAUUCUUCGUCGCCUCCGUCACAAGGAACCGCCGGCCACGCCUCGCCUCUCGUUCAUCACUACGCUCACGCAUCCGCCGCGGGCCUUGUCCACAACUCCUCCUCAGAUCUGUCCACUCCAGCUCCCACCUCUCUGCCCACUAAUAAAAAGAGGAAGGCUUCAGGGAAGACCGCCGCCGCUUCAGCCUCCAAGAGAUCCUGCAUUGCUCCUAAUACAACCACCGACGCAAAGGGUAGAGCUGUACCCGCGGCGUUUCAACCGUCGAAUCAUCAGAAGAACAUGGGUUCCGCUGCCCAACCAACUUCAGCUCAACAUUCAGCUCCACUCCAAACUUCAUCUGUUGCAAAGAGCUUGUUUGCGCCGCUCCCACCUCCGGCCCACUCUUCUCCCUACACGCCGCAGCAACAAGAUCAGCCUGCUGCUGCUUAUCCGUCUGCAACUCCAGCGUGUGCCGUUGCCCAACAGGAAAUCGGCCCCUCCCAGUGCUCUAUCGUUUCUUCUUCCAAGACCCUCAUCGUCAGCCCUCUCAAAGGGAGCGCGUACUAUGCUGUCGAGAGGAGCUACCAUCUCAGCUCCCCCUUGAAACCGACCGCCCGCAGUUCCCCCUUGAAACCAACCACCCGCAAGUUGAACUUCGAUUGCACCGAGCUAGGUCCCUGUGAGCAGAUUUGCGACAAGGCCUCUGCCUCUGCCUCCUCCGACGAAGACAAGCAAUAUGACUUUGACAUGGAUUUCACGAACUUCGAUAUAUGUGAUGGUGAAUUUUCGUUUUCUGAGCUCCUGCUUGACUUCGAUCUUGACAAUGAAGGUGUCCUGAACGCUUCCACAAGUGAUCAAGUUCAAAGGCUAGAGCCUGCUGCUGCUGCUGCUAGUGGUCAUAUGGCAGCGGGUCCUGUUCUACCUGAUUCAGUGAAGCCAGUCGCAGCAGAUUCUGCUCAGGAAUUGAAUCCCCAAGGAGCGACCGCUGUUACUUCUGUCAGGGCUAUUACGAAGAGGAUAAAGAUUGUGAGCCCUGCCAAGGGCCGGGCAGCUUCUUAGAGCAGCUAGCAGGUAGAUUUUCAGAUCUCGCCAAAUCAGGUGGCAUUCCAUGACCAACUGCCCUGCUCUGUCUGUCUGAGGGCAUUUUCAAUGUAGCAUGCAUGACUCUAAUGUUAUGUUAGCAUUUUAUGUUCACGAUGUAAAGGCUAAUAUCGCGUUACUAAUUACUACUUUUCAC